AUGGCAACUCUAUCCGGAUCACAGGAGUCAAAUGUGACGCCGCUAGUCAAACGGCGCAAGAUCAGAAAAGGAACACAGAGCUGCUGGGAAUGCAAGCGGCGGAAGAUGCGCUGCACUUUCGACAAUUCUGGCGCCGGGUGCGUUGCGUGUCAGCGACGGGGAAGUGCCUGUAUCGGUCAGGAUCUCCCCGAAGAGCCCGUAGGGGUAUCCAUGGCUGCCAGAUUGAAGCAGAUGGAGGCAUCCAUUGAAGCCCUUGCCCAGGUCAUGUCGCCUGCCGUGACUCCGGAUGCGACACUGACACCUCAGCCUGCACGCACGAAAACAACACAGCCGACGAUAGAUUCUGUUCAUCUGGAAUUAUUCGAGACCACACCCGAGCUUACGCAGUUGUCGCGUCAGCUUGUGUCGGCUUGGCCUACCGGUGAAGCCCUUGCAGAGAUCUUGGCUCUCCCCGUCUCAGCAGGACCACUACUCCACGCUGCCCUGGCAUGUACACCACCUUCCAGCGCAUACUACCAAGCAAAAUUGUCAUCCUCAACACGCGAUAUACUUCAAACCCCAGAGGAAACAUGGCACCCAAUCACUAUCGCUCGGAGCCUUCUCAUUCUGGCCAUAUUUCUAGACUGUGGGCCAUCACCCCGGUUUGAUCACACCAAGGUUCGCGCUCUCAAGGCCGCACAGAGCUGCAUAUCUGGCGACACCGACUUGUUGGGUUCUAUUGAGGGAAUAGAAUGCAUCUUUCUACUGAGCCAGAGUGAAAACAUAUCUGGAAACCUACGUCGGUCUUGGUUGUCAAACAAAAGGGCCAUGGCAUUGGCUCAAAUGAUGGGUCUUGAUCGAUGCAAAAUAGGCCAACCAGUCAAACAAAGCAUUAAAUUCGUCCACGGUGACACUCAUAACCGAGUUGAUCUCGAAUACAUUUGGUUCCGUAUUGUGAUGUCGGACCGCUACCUCUGCCUCAUGCUCAAUCUACCACCAGGAACAACCGACAACCGCUUCGCCUCCCCCGAAGCUCUAGCCACCUGCAUUCCUAUCGAAAGACUUGAGCGUCUUGAAUGUGCCGCUGCAGGGCUAAUGCUUCAGCGUGAGACCUGCACAGAAUCCAUGGCGACCACCAUUGAGGUCGACAAGAUGUUACAACAAGCGGCGGCCUGUAUGCCCACUCAGUGGUGGCUAAUACCGACUCAAAAAGGUGAAGCCCUUACAUAUCAAGAUCGAAUAAAGGUUAUGUACCAGUUUACGCACUAUUAUCUCCUAGGUCAAGCCCAUUUGCCCUACCUUUUGAGUACAUCGACAGACAGCAGACAUAUCUGCAGCAAAAUCACCGCCGUGAAUGCGAGCAGGGAGGUGCUAUCCCGUUUUGUGGCCUUUGACGAGCAUGAUGCUUCCCACCACUGUCAUGGAAUAGGUUUCCUGACAUUUACCGCCAUAACGGCACUGUGUGUGGCCCAUAUUGAUGUUCGACGACAACCAGCAUCAAAAUCCUCAUUCGGUUUCCUCUCCCAUCAGCGACCUGGUGACAGAGGCUUGAUGGAACGGGCGGUUGAUAGGAUAAGAGGGUCUGAAAGACCCCUAGCCAUAAAAACAGUCGAGAUUCUUGAGAAGCUGCUUGCCAUCGAGGCAUACUCGGCUGGAGGAACGAGAUAUAGCGCCAAUUCCAAUCCACACUCGGACGAGGAAGAAGAAUGCAGUGGAAAUGUCAAUGGCGGCAUGGAUGACAGACUUCGCAUUCAUAUUCCAUACCUUGGGACAGUCGAAAUACGAAGAGCGCUGGACUUGGAGCAGCUUCCAGGAAUAGAAACAGGCAAUCAAGGAACGGAACCUGGCAACAUGAGUGGCCAAACACCCGCCGGGUUAAAUUGGACCCAGUGGUCAGACACUACGUUGCUGGAUAGCGUCGCUGGCACGGCAAACGACCAUUCACAGAACAUUCUUCCAAGCUUGGCAGCCGGGGUUGAAGAUUGGGCAAUGCAAGGUGUAGACAUGGCCUUGUUCGAUCGCCUCAUCCGUGGCGUAGAGGAUCCAGCCUCGCAAGUUUCGUCGUGGCUGCAUCUUCAGGAGGACAACUCGAUUUGA